UGGAGCGGUGGCAUUGGAAAAGGCUCUGUUGUUAUAGACGAUUGAUUUGCCUCAUUCUGAGGAUUCCAGGGCAAAGUGGCCCUCCCCCCUGCCUGGCGCCCGCCCUCUCUCCCUCCCUCGAGCAGCAGGAUCUGAACGCUGCUGCUGGGCCCUCCUCCUCCUCCUCCUCUCAUUCCUCCGGCUUCUGGAUUUCCGAAGUUAUUAGGAGAAAUAAGGUAGCCGAGGGGACCACAUGGAAGUUGUGACAGCUCCCCGCGGCGCGCCCCUUUCGCGUGUGCCAGCGCCUCGGCUUAGGAGUUACCGCUGACACGCUGAAUGCAGGAGUUCCCCUGCCAGCCAGCCUACCGGGAUGGGCCACUGCUGCUGCAAGCCUUAUCACUGCCGUCAGUGCCUGGACAAGACGAAUGAAAGUGCCCUUGUGAAAGAAAAAGAGCUGUCAAUCGAACUUGCAAACAUCAGGGAUGAAGUGGCCUUCAACACAGCCAAGUGCGAGAAGCUGCAGAAGGAGAAGGAGGACCUGGAGCGGCGGUUUGAGGAGGAGCUGAGGAGGAUGGGAUGGCAGCAGCAGGCUGAACUCCAGGAACUACAAGAACGGCUGCAGCUUCAAUUUGAGGCAGAGAUGGCACACCUGCAGGAGGAGCACCAUGGUCAACUGCUGCAGGUCCGGUGUCAGCACCAGGAACAGGUUGAAGAUAUCACCGCCAGUCAUGAGGCCGCACUCCUGGAGAUGGAGAAUAACCACACAGUUGCCAUCGCAAUCCUGCAGGAUGACCAUGACCGCAAAGUCCAAGAACUGGUGUCUACCCAUGAACUUGAAAAGAAAGAAUUGGAAGAAAAUUUUGAAAAACUGAGGCUGUCGUUACAGGACCAGGUGGACACGCUGACCUUCCAGAGCCAGUCUCUGCGGGACCGAGCGCGGCGCUUUGAGGAGGCCCUGAGGGAAAACACAGAGGAGCAGCUGGAGGUAGCACUGGCUCCUUACCAGCACUUGGAAGAAGACAUGAAGAGUUUGAAGCAGGUGUUAGAGAUGAAGAAUCAGCAGAUACACCAGCAGGAAAAGAAGAUUAUUGAGCUGGAAAAGCUGGCUGAAAAGAACAUUAUCUUGGAAGAAAAGAUCCAAGUCCUCCAGCAGCAAAAUGAAGACCUCAAAGCCAGGAUUGACCAGAACACAGUUGUCACCAGGCAGCUGUCGGAGGAAAAUGCUAAUCUCCAGGAGUACGUGGAAAAAGAAACCCAGGAGAAGAAGAGAUUGAGCAGAACCAACGAAGAGCUGCUUUGGAAGCUUCAAACGGGGGACCCCACGAGCCCGAUUAAACUCUCCCCCACCUCCCCAGUUUACCGAGGCUCCUCCUCAGGGCCCUCCUCUCCAGCCAGAGUCAGCACCACGCCCAGAUGACGUCACCACUCAGCCCGCGGGAGCUCCGGCUUCUGUUCACCCCGGGAAUGCUGACCAGGUGCCAGCCAGCCGCCCUGCGCGCAUGCUCAGUAGCUGCAUACUGCAUCCCAGGCAGCAGCCUCUUCUGACCCCUGUGUAGACUGACCCGGUACUGGCACUUAGGAAGAUGUAAACAGUAGUCUGAUGUGCAAAAAUGUUUUACCAUAGUUAGAGCCAAAAGACAGACAACUCCAAUUGUUUCUUGAAUGACGAACUUUCACUGCAGAAUUUCAGGUUAGUUACAAAUAGCUCAGUUUUGAAUAUACAUUGAAUAAUCAUUGUGUACUGCACCGAGAUGUGUAUAUAUUUAGAUACACGUAUAUACACAUGCGGCGGUUCCAAAUUGCAUUUUUUAUAAUGUGAUGUGCUGACAUAUUUUAGUGAAGAUCAGCAGUUUUCUAACUUGUGCCUAAGGAUUAUUGGGAAAUGAAAAUGCAUUUCUAUCUAGCUUCCCAGGAAUAUUUCUACCCAAAAUAGAAAAAGGAAAAAAAAAAAUCCAGAUACAGAGAAGAAGCGCCUUUCAACCUGCCAGCAAGUGGUACUCUGUUUAACACAAGCACCAGCGAUUUGUGAACGGUAACUGCCUUUAGAACAAUCCGCUUCUUAGUCCGCUUGACGUGAGGUCACUACCAUUCCAUUCACAAGUUUUAAUUAUGAAUCCUCCUGUCAUGAGUGGAUAAAGGAUAAAAGUGGGAAACUCUAAGGGACUGAGUAGUUUUCCUGCUGUUACUCAUGAUAGCAACUCAUCUGUAGUCAUGUAAACACAGUUUUGCUUUUUUCCUAAAUGGUAUCUUGGAAUCAGUCACUAAGGUACUAUCGUACCCUUGGGAAUACGUAGACCAGCACGACCUUUUGCAGUGAGGAUGAGGAUGACUCUGGAGAUGACCAAGACCAUCCCGUCCCAUCCUCGUGAAGGGGAUCUGCUGAUAGGGUACAUACCUGACCAGGUACAGAGUUAGAAAGUAUCCUCCAUUCUGUUUGGCUUACUGUGAUACAGUGCUGUACAUGGUCAGCUCACUGAAAUAUGACCCUCAGGCCCAUAUUUCCUAGGCAACUACCCUUCAAUUCGGUUCUACAACUCAACCCCAUCACUGCAUAUUGAAAUGGCUCAGGGGUGUUGGCAGGGACUUCCGGAAAACCAAUCUUUCUGUCCUGGAGGACCAGUUCUGAAAGGUGCUAGGUCACCACUCAACCUCUCAGAAACACAACUAUACUUUCUGCGGGAUGAUCAGGGAAACUGCAUUUGACAGUGUCAGCCCCGGAAGGCUCUCCCAAACAGAGGAGCCCACGGAACACCAGCCAGCUGCCACGAGCUCCUGGACUGGCAUUUGUCUCUGAAAUGGUAGAAUUAGAAUGUGAAAGGUAUUUCCGUAGUGCUGUGGAAGUCUAGGAGCAUGAUACACAAAAGAAAGAAGUAGUUUUAACAGUCAGUAGGGUGAUGAUAAUGAUGUCUUUGUUCCCUGUAUAUGACAAAGACCCCUGCACUUUUCUCCCUAAGACCUCUGAACGUCGUCCCGAGCACAGGCCUGUCUCCGAGCGUGUCCCAGGCAAAAAGAACAUGGAAGAAAUGGCCCAUCGGAGGGGUUGGCUUGCCUAAAGUUACAAGCGUGGCAACACAGAGGCAGAUGUGGUCUGUGUACCUCAUGUGACUCCAAGCUAGGCUUCCUGGACUCAGAUACACCUCGUUCCUAGCAAACCUCCAAGGGUCUUGCCCAUUCUGGGGACACACACAGUAGAUACACAUUGGAGAAACAAUUCUUUUCCUUUAGUGGCGCCGCAUGAUACUGUGGUAAUGAGUUGGGCUUUCUGUUAGAGUAGAUGAGGCCACAUCCAAUUAAUACCUAAUAAUUUAUUCUUCUAGCAGGUACAGCCUGCAAACACACGUUUGGUUGUAGCUUAGCUCUCCAAAUGAGGACCAGCUUCUAUAAUUGCACCUGCUAAAUGCAGUUACACAGCAAUACAGACUUCAGUGUGAUGUUAGAAUGUGGUACAGUGUUAGGCUGUUGCGGUCAAAGUUGUAGUGAUGUUAGAACUAAGUAAUCCCUCAUUAGAUGGACUAGAGCUUUGCCCUAACCGGCCCUGACCUUGGGCACUCGAGCUAAUUUCCAUGUGGCCCUGGCGUUGUUUUUUUCAUCACGUACACCCAUCAUGUAUGGCUCCUCGUCUGAGUCAUCACUGCUCCCGAAUCACAGGUGAUGGUAGCUGCUGUACCUCCUCCUCAAUAGUCCGCCCCUCACCGUUAGCAUUUGGACCUCUCUCAACGUAGAAAUCUGCCUGUCUCUCAGGCUGGCGCACUGUAUCGUGUAUAAAAGCUGCAGCCUCCUUGCCUGCUUCAGACAGACCUGAAAGAUAGCAUCCGUCUCACGCCCUUGGGGGACCUGUGCUGGCCAGUCCCCACGCUCUGCUUGCCACAGGCCGGGACGGGGCUCUGGCUGGGUGUCAGGAGGGGGUGGGGGCUGGCACUCUCUGGGAUUAAUGGAAUGGGUUCACAAUGUUCCUUUUCCUGUCCCUCCAGUUUCUGUGUUGCAUAUUUGUGUUGAACUCUGAAACCUAUUAAAAUGAACUUGAGGGACUUUCUGUGAUAUCCA